AUGAUGACCCCGCUGCUCCUCACUUCCCUGGUGUUCGUUUCACUGGGAUGCGUGGAUACAGCCACCGUCGACAAGCGGGACGGGGGAUACGAGCACGUGCUGGUUGCCAUCGGCAAGGACGUCGCGUACCACGGAGACAUCCUCGAAAACCUAAAGGCUUUAUUCAGGAAGGCAUCUGCGUUCCUCCUGGCGGCGACAAAGGGAAAAUUCUACUUCAAGGAAGUCAUAAUCAGUGUGCCCAGCAGCUGGCCACCAAUGGCCCGAAAGAAGGUCUGGGAGGAUCUGUUUAACCAAGCCGACGUCCAGGUGGCCUCCGGCUUGAAAGAACCGGACACUCUGAAUCCGAGUCGCUCUUUUCCGGGGGACUUUAAUCCGGUCCGGUUGCCGUCCGAGUUUGUCCGUGACUUGAACUCAACAACAACUAAAAAGUUUGAGAAACCAGGUGAGCGACUCAGCCGCUAA